AUGGCCUACAUCCUUGCCCCACGCUUCGCACAAGCCUAUCAGGCCACAGAGUGCAACAACCCAUUCGGCUUCUGCGCCUCAGCUCCACGACCUACACACGACUACCGCAUUGCUCGGCGUUCUCAGCCUCAGCCUUGCCCCUCGCCCUUCGCCAGCUUCCUUAGCCAGAUCAAAGACCUGGCUAACCAGAUCGACCGCGAGUCACAGCGCCAGGCACAGAUCAAAGCUCAGCGGGAGGCUAAGCGGGAGGCCCAACAGGCACGCCUCCAGCAACAGCUCCGCAAGCGCGCCUUAAGGGCUCAAUUCGCGGUCACUCAGGGCGAGCAGGGAUGGCAGGUCGAAGCUGAGGUUCCUGACUUCCAACAAGAAAACAUCAGCAUCGAGGUCAACGACGAAAACACCCUGAAGAUCGCCGGCAACACCGAAUGGGGCGCAAAGCUUCAGAUCGAGGUCCAGCCUGAGACCGAGGGUCCACUCGCAGUCGAGCAAUCUCCUGAGGAUGCUACCGAGCAGACCAUUGAAGAGUCAGCAGACGAGAAGCUGGAAGACGGCACCCUCGAACCCUCCGUCCAAGUCGCCACCGAGACUACGGGGACCGGGUCCGCUCGCCCCGCCACGCCAGACAGCGACACCUCCUCGCACAAGUCAUACCAACCCACCGUCGAAGACGAUUUUGAAGACGAUUUCGAAGAUCUCGGCCCUGAGGCUUCUACACUUUUCUCCACCCCUUUUACACUUGCCAGAACCUCUGAACCCAAGGGCAAGGAGAAGAACGUCGAGCCCACUGUGAUAGCCGAAGACCCCGAGGUCUCUGUCCCCAAGCAGCAGCAACAGAAGAAAGAGGAGGAGGUCGAGGAGCGCCCUCGUGGAUCGUUCGAGCGCACAUUCAGGUUCCCCGAGCGCAUCAAUGCUGAUGGUGUUCGCGCCAGCUUCAAGAAUGGUGUGCUCUGCGUGACUGUUCCCAGGGCACAAGCUCAGCAUGCUAGAAGGAUUGCGAUCUUGUGA